UAUAACGUUCAAGGCAUGCACACAUACACAUGUCGAAUGUAUAACGGCUUCCAGACUUGGUAUGAACAUGUGUUUACGCAGUUUCAGGAGAAUCACAAUUUGGUCUGGAGUUCAAGUGUUGUGACUUCAGAGUCCAGGAAUUCCUUACUGCACUGGAUUCGACGUUUAGUCACAACUCAGGGUGUUGUGACUCGGGCGUUCGUCCUAUUGUUCUUUCCUAUUCAGCCAGUUGAUGGCAUAUUCGUCUUUCUUGAAUGUGUGAGCAGCGUAGGUGUGGAUGCUGUGCUGGGUCGGAGUGUGACGCUGCCAUGUGACAUCGAACCUACGACCCGUGAGGAUCGAGUAUAUAUGGUGCUGUGGUUCAGAGAUAAUGCUGGCAAACCUCUGUACAGUUUCGACGUCAGAGGUCGGCCGUUUACCAAGGCUCUUUACUGGUCGGACAACAACGCGUUUGGUCCUAGGGCAUAUUUCGUGACCGGAUCGAAUCCAGCUGGACUCACGCUUGAAUCGGUUCAACUCGACGACCAGGGCAUUUACCGGUGUCGCGUCGAUUUCAAGAACUCGCCCACAAGAAACUUCCAGAUCAAUCUUACUGUCAUUGUUCCACCACACCAACUGCUCAUUUUCCAAAAUUCGGGGCGUGAUGUGAGCACACCUGUUGUGGGCCCACUUACUGAAGGCAGUGACCUCGUCCUGACGUGUGAGGUGAGAGGAGGGAAUCCGAUUCCCACUGUAUCGUGGUUCGUGAAUGACAAGCUUGUUGACGGGAUUCUGGAGACGUCAGUUCAACCCGUCAUAGUUGUGAACCGACUGGAGGUGUCACGCGUGACCCGGGAACACCUCAACACCACCUACAAGUGUCAGGCCAGCAACACCAAACUCACGUUACCUACCGAGAAGACUGUGCGCCUGGAGUUAUUCUUGAAGCCAUUGUCUGUUCGGCUCCUGGAGAAGCCAAAAGUACUGAUGGCAGACACUGAAUACAAUAUUACAUGCGAGGCCGUAGGUUCGCGUCCCCAGGCGAAGAUCUCGUGGCACCGAGGCAAAGAGUUACUCCGCAGGGGAAAGUUCAAGGAGUCGGGAAACGAGACUGUGGUAAUGAGCACUGUGACAUUCUCCCCGAAGCCCGACGAUGACGGUCACGUGCUCAAAUGUAAAGCGGAGAACCCGAUGGUUUCCGGUUCCGGCCUGGAAGAUUCUCUCAGCCUCAAUGUGGUCUGUAAUGCAGACAGACGGCGGCAAGAGAAGAGAAACCUUUCUUUAUGAAAUGACGUAUGUCAC